CCAUCUUCUUUAUCCCGUUCGCCUAUCUUGUCUUAAUCCACUACAGCAUCGAGGUGGAGUUGAGGCGGUCGAUUGCCAUUUGCGCUGCUAUGAGCAUCGCCGGGUUUGUCGUUUCCCUCAGGAUGAUCCCAGUGGCUGCGCGGUAUGUACUGAAAAGAAAUAUGUUCGGAUACGAUAUCAAUAAGAAGGGAACGCCGCAGGGGAACAUUAAAGUGCCUGAAUCAUUGGGCAUUGUCAUUGGAAUUGUCUAUUUGGUCAUUGCUAUUUUGUUUCAGCAUUUCAAUUUUACAGCGGACUCAAAUUGGCUCGUUGAAUACAAUGCAGCGCUGGCAUGCAUUUGCUUUAUGACUUUGCUUGGAUUUGUUGAUGAUGUUCUUGAUGUUCCCUGGAGAUUAAAAUUGGUGCUUCCAUCAUUUGCAGCACUUCCAUUGUUGAUGGCAUAUGCUGGACAUACAUCAAUAAUCAUACCAAAGCCUUUGAUUCAGUAUGUUGGUGUAGCAGUCUUGGAUUUAGGCUGGAUAUACAAGCUCUACAUGGGAAUGCUGGCAGUUUUCUGCACAAAUUCCAUCAAUAUACAUGCAGGUCUCAAUGGCCUUGAAGCGGGACAAACUGUUGUUAUUUCUGCAGCAAUUCUUAUACACAAUGUGAUGCAAAUUGGUGCAUCUUCAGAUCUUGAAUACAAGCAAGCUCAUGCAUUUUCCAUUUACUUAGUUCUUCCCCUGUUGACUACUUCAUUAGCUUUGCUUUCAUACAACUGGUAUCCUUCUUCAGUAUUUGUUGGUGACACAUAUACCUACUUUGCUGGAAUGGCCAUGGCUGUAGUUGGUAUACUUGGUCAUUUCAGCGAGACACUACUACUCUUCUUCUUGCCUCAAGUUCUGAAUUUUCUGUACUCAUGCCCUCAGCUCUUUAAGAUUAUUCCCUGUCCGAGGCAUCGCCUUCCAAGAUUCGAUCCUAAAACUGGACUGCUUACUGGAACUAAUGAUGGGACACUUGUUAACCUAUUCCUCAGAUUAUUUGGAAAAUGCUCAGAAAAAUCACUGUGCAUCAGGCUUCUAAUUUUCCAGGUGCCUUACUUUGUUCUUCGCAGGCUUUGUCAUGCCUCCUGUGUUUUUGGCUGAGGCAUGUCCUUGCAGGUUGGUACAAAUGAAGCAAGCUUGAGCUAAGGUUUAACAGUCUGUUCAAGCUUUACAUAAAACCUGCACACUUUUUUUAUACUUUCUAUGAAGUUUUUAUCAUUACAAUAUUUAUUUUGGAGUCCAUAUUCAUAAUUUUUGCUGUGCAUGUAUUAAGGUUGAGUGGCAAACUGUCAUCAAUUUUUUUCCCAUUCUGGUCAAGGAAGCCCUGUGGGGCUAUUAUAGGCAAUUGUCCGUGGAUUAAGGUUACGGGAAAAUUGUGGUAUGGAUAGCGUUUGAUGUAUAACUUGGCGCUAUUAGCUGUAAUUUGCAGUUGAACAUUAGCCAUUAAUCUUAUACCAAUCAUUUGAGUUAA